CCCCGCCCCAACUGGAGAGCACCACGAAUUGACCAAGUGAAGAUACAACUUUGCGUCAUAAAUUGCGGGGUCCUGAGCCAUGUCUCUGACCAACACAAAGACCGGGUUUUCGGUCAAGGACAUCUUGGACCUGCCUGACACCAACGAUGAGGAGGGCUCGGUGGCCGAAGGGCCGGAGGAGGAGAACGAGGGGCCGGAGCCCGCCAAGAGGGCCAGGCCGCUGGGGCAGGGCACCCUGGACACAGUGCAGAGCCUGCCCCUGAAGAACCCCUUCUACGACAGCAGCGACAACCCAUAUACGCGCUGGCUGGCCAGUACCGAGGGCCUCCAGUACUCCCUUCACGGACUGGCGGCUGGCGCUGCACCCCAGGACUCGAGCUCAAAAUCUCCGGAGCCUUCGGCCGACGAGUCACCGGACAAUGACAAGGAGACCCCGGGAGGCGGGGGGGACGCUGGCAAGAAGCGGAAGCGGCGGGUACUGUUCUCCAAGGCUCAGACGUACGAGCUAGAGCGGCGCUUCCGGCAGCAGCGGUACCUGUCGGCGCCCGAGCGCGAGCACCUGGCCAGCCUAAUCCGCCUCACGCCCACGCAGGUCAAGAUCUGGUUCCAGAACCACCGCUACAAGAUGAAGCGCGCCCGGGCGGAGAAAGGUAUGGAGGUGACGCCCCUGCCCUCGCCGCGCCGAGUGGCCGUGCCCGUUUUGGUCAGGGACGGCAAACCGUGCCACGCGCUCAAAGCCCAGGACCUGGCAGCCGCCACUUUCCAGGCGGGAAUUCCCUUUUCGGCCUACAGCGCGCAGUCUCUGCAGCACAUGCAAUACAACGCCCAGUACAGCUCGGCCAGCACGCCCCAGUACCCGACAGCACACCCCUUGGUCCAGGCCCAGCAGUGGACUUGGUGAGGGCCGCCCUUCCGAGACUCGCGGCCCUAGGCCCAGGCCUCAUCCCGCCGGCGGUGGCGGCGGCGGCGAGGAGCGAGGAGACUCGGUCCUUAUGAUGGUUAUUAUUAUUAUUAAUAUUAUUAUUUUAUUGUAGAGUCGAGUUGACUCUCGGCUCUUUUGGGGAGGCGCCGGAGGUUGCCUGAGUCUCCUUGGAGUGGCAAAUUCCAUCCACCCAGCUCUGCCCCGUCCCUCUCUCAUUUUGAACAUUUGGAGAGGACUGAACUCUAAGCCGUGUUUACAGAAUGUUUGCGCAGCU